AUGCCCGAGAAGAACAGCAUCACUCGCGCGGUGAUGCUCGUCAUGUUUGCGGAGAAUGGAUUCGUGGAGGAGGCGGAGGAUGUCUUCCAGGAGAUUGUCCACCGAAACGCGAUCCUCUGGGGGGCGAUGCACUGCUGCUAUGCCCAAAAUGGGGAUUUGAUUCAAGCCAAGAGUUUGUUUGAUAGGAUGCCUCAGCACAGCGUACUGUCGUGGACGAUUAUGAUCAAGUCAUACGCGCAAAAAGGUGAUGUUGAUCAAGGAAAACACUUGUUUGAAGAAAUGCCACACAGAGAUCUUGUUUCAUGGAACGCGAUAAUCGCUGUUUAUGCCCAGAGAGGUCGUUUCAAAGAGGCGAUCCGGGCGUUUUCUUUGGUUUGCUGCUGGGAUUCCUAUUCAUGGAACACAAUUCUAGUGGUAUAUGCUCUAGAUGCAAAUAUUCGUCAAGCUAAGAAAUCGUUCGAUGAGAUGCCAACUUGGAACUUGCUCUCCUGGAACACGAUUCUUGCAGCAUAUGCCCAGACCUGGCAUGCCCAUCUGGGGCUCGUCAAGGAAGCAGUAAGCUACUUCACGGCAAUGAGCUUUGACAAUGGAUUGGAUCCUUCGCAAGGCCACUACACCUGCAUUGUUGAUGCUCUCCGACGACUAGGGCGAUUGAAAGAGGCCGAGGAUGUCCUGGAGAAUAUGCCUUUGCCAGCAGAUGGAGUUGCAUGGGCAACGUUUCUUAGCGCGUGCAAAAACCACGGGGAGAUGAAUUGA